AUGGAUCCAUUCACUCAGCGUAUGUUAGAACGAGCGCGUGCUAGACAAGAGAAAAUUGACCAAAAGCUAGCUAAUUCCGGCCAAGCUGUUCCCAAAAGAAAGCCACUAGCUGAAAACUUAUUAAAAAGUACUUCGCCAGUAAAAUCCCCAGUCAAACCGGCCAGAGAGUCCAUAACAUCACCAAGGAAAUCCAUUAAAGAACCAAAUUGCAAUACGCCGGUAAUAAAAAGAGUUAUAGAAAAAUCAGACAGGAAAGCAUCGCCUCAGAAACCACGAAAUGACGUUGUAGUUACGAAAAAGGAGUUCAAGAGUCCUAAAAGUAGUCUGACGCGGAGAAACUCUGAUGUCUCUGUGGAGAUUAACAUAUCGCAUAGAAAUGACAUCCAGAUAGAAGUUCAAGUUGAGGAACGGGAUGCUCCUAUCAGCAUCAUUUACGAUUCAGGAUUGGGAGGAAAUAAUGUGGAGAUAAAAGAAAUUGAAGAUAGUCCUAAGAAAUUGACGACACCUUGUAUCAUGGGUGAUAGCAAGGCAGAUAAGAGUAACGUUAGAAACAAUUUCAAAUCAAGACUCGACAGGCUGGGAAAUCUGUAUUCUGAUAAACCUGACCUCUCAUCGCCCAUACAUAGAACUGAACUAGAGUUCACAGCUGAAACUCCACCAUUGGAACCCGUAGUUAAAAGCAGUCAACCAAAAUACAAUGGAAAGAAAAAGUUUGGCAGAUUGGCUGCACUCGCUGAUGAGAUUAAUAAUUGGGAGGAUGAUUUGAGCCAUCAUGACUUUCAACCGGAACAAAAGAAGCCAACUAAAACCAGAAAACCUGAGAGAGAGGACAAGUUGGACACAUCAACCCUAGAUGUCUCCAUACAUUCCAUCAAAGAUAUUAACACUGUGUUGAAGUCCACAAAGGCAACGCCCAGUAAAACUAAACCUAAAGCGAAGGGUUGCCAGCUAGACAGACAAAUUGUUGCUGAAUUGGAGCCGACCGCCGCAACCCCCAGUGCGCAUCCAGCCCCCGACAUGGCCACAGCGGUGGCCGCGCCGCACGUCACUAAGAAACCCUCUAUCAAGAAGUACAAGGCACCGACGCCGCCGCGCGACGACAACGCCGACAAGGAUAAAGAGAAUAGCGUAGUGGAACGGGAGGAAAAUGACAGUCGCGCACAUAAGGUCGACAAGCCGGCGAGCCCGGCUGUCAGGAGACUCGUCAACGCUGGUGAUAGGAGCUCGGUGCUCUCCAAAGCGGCAAUGUUCGAAGCCGGCAGCCCCAAAGCGAAGGACCCCGCUGAAAUGUCUCUGAGGGAGCGCAAAGCCCUCUUCGAAAAGAACAAGGGGACGAUUAUUGUGCCGAAAGCGCCGUUCGGUCUGGCGCCCUCGAUCAAGACUCUGCACGGCGACAAAGCCAAACCGACCCCAGCGAAAACCCCUACAAAAAGUAUAGAGAGCUCUAGAACGAAUUCAAAAGACAGCGUAGCGGAAGACAAUAUCAGUCAAAGCUCGCUCGGUGGUGGAAUCAAAGGGAAGUUAGCUGCGCUAUUCAAUAAAGAACAGACGAUAAGCGAGACAACUAUAGCAAAUAAAUUUAAGCAGGAGCGAGAGAAAGAGAUGGAGAUGCUUCAAAACAGAUUUCAUUAUAAGCCCCCACCUCCGCCAAAACCAAAUGACGACUCUGAUGAUGACCACAGUGAGAAUGAUCCUUCGGAGAAAGCCCCCUUGAUGGGUAGUACCACUAGCCUGGCGCAGAGAAAGCCAGAGAUUAUAGCAAACGUACCUAAAACUACCACAGAUAAAGAACCAGUGGAGAGAGAAAAGGAAGACGAUAAAAUUGUUGAAGCACAACCAAUUAAACGCAGGAGUUCUCAACAGGACUCGCCAGUAGUUCUAUCAGUACUAGAUGACGUUAAACGGAUAAAGGUCAACAGUAAAGAAACAAAUGGGACAGUCGUUCAACAGCCCACAAGCAUCUACCCAAGGUUGUCUGAUAUUGAGACGGAGAAUUCUCAAGAAGAGUAUUCAGACUGUGGAGGUUCUAGUGAAGACAAUGUUCCUGAAAAAUUGAACAAAUCGGAAAAUUGGGCGGAUACGUCGUUCGGUCGAGAAGUAAUGAACGUCGUUAAGAAGAACAACACGAGCUACAAAAAGGCGGUUCAAAGCGAUAGUGAGGAAAGUGCGUGUGAUAGCGAACUAGACGAUCUACUCGACGAAGCUCUGAACGAAGGCCCGACACCGCCCAAAGUACAAAAGUCCGGGUGCCUUACAUCAUCAAGUUUCGUGUACCAGGAUCGUGCGCAGUUCAAGUCGCCGCUGAAGUGCCAACCGGCUGCGACGCCCAUCCGGCACGACAAGGGCAACGAGCUGGUGCACAGCGUCAGUUUCUACAGACGGAUGCAGGCAUCGAGUACUCCAUCCACCCCACUCCGCGUGAUUCGCCACGCGUCACCGGAACGGGAGCCUCCCGCUACGCCGGACGAACCCGCCCCUAGCGUGACAACAGUGCGCCAGCGCAUCAAAGAGUUGCAAGGGGAGAUUGCCAAACAGCAGACUGUAAUAUCGCAGGCCAGUCAAGCAUUAAACUUAUGUGCGGCUACAAUUGAAUUCAGCGGAUCGACGGAACAAGCCGAAGGAGAGAGAUUGCUGCUGUUAGCGACACACCGCCGCCAAGCGUGUCUACACGAAAUGCAGCGGUUGCAGGUGGAAGGGGCUGGCCCUGCUGCAACAGCUGGCAUGGCAUCGCUCCACAUUCAGAAUAUACGUGUACCUCUUCGCAGAGAUUAUGUACGGCAGCUGCAUGCUGAUGGCGCUGUUGGUCACCAUGCCGUUUGUCUUCUGAAAUGCCGCGACAGGGUACUCGCAAGCAGCAUGCAGUUGACAAAACCCAAUGCCCCCCUUAACUUCCCAGACGACAUACGUAUGGACGGAUUAGCUAGUGAUUUCAAGGUCACAGUUGAAGUAUAUUUUUUGCAAGCGUCGAAAGAAGUCUUGCCCCACGACGUCAAAUACCAUAUCUCUAAUAAGAAGGGUAACUCGAAACUUCUUACACCCAAAUCGAAGGUGUCCGAACUAAAGGCGCCAAGAGUGCAAAGUCCGGGAGGUCCCCUCACUGUAAGGACACCGCAGUUCCAGCUGCACGGGUACUGCAUAUUCGCGCUGCAGCAGGCCACGAGGAAAAGCUUUACGCUCAACAAGGUUCCAUGCGGCAGUCCGCUAGAGGGCAGCAUUCACUUGGAUAUUCGCGCUCGGUUGCGCGUCUCCGCGCCCCCUCCGCACUCCGCCUUUUUAACCGCCUUCGACGACGUCAGCGGCUUGGGAGCUUGGCAUCGCCGCUGGUUCCGCCUGCAGCCACCGACACUGUCCUACUGGAAGUACCCUGAUGACGUCCAGAAAAAGCUACCCAUAGGCGAUAUAGACUUGACCACAGUAAUUUCUGAGAACGUCAUCAAAGCGCCGCGGGAUCUAUGCGCCAGACCCAACACCAUACUUCUAGAGACGUCUGUCCCAGCGGGUCUAAUAGUCCCCGAUACGGGAUCGCUUGUGUACUUUAAGGGCCCAGAUGGGACGGUGCGCAGGCGACAUCUACUAGCCGCCGAUACGCCGAAGGAUAGAGACUUGUGGCUUGAGAUGUUAAACAGUGCUCUGGAGUACGUCAGAUGUUGUAUUGAUGAAGACGAGUGA